AAUGCUUAUAUCGGGAACAGAACAGUCAGAGCUCAGAGAUAAUUAUAUAAGACAAUGAGUGAUCGCCGGUCCGACUCGAGUUAUGAGGCGACGGUGCAGGAAGCGACAGUCGGUAUUAAGGGUGACCCCGAAACCCUCAACCAACUCUCGUCGUCGGGUCGAAGUGCACAGCAGCGACGAAUCAAAACCGCGUUGGCGUCCCUUGACGAUGCCGCACGGGAUCUUGAAGCCCGGGAGCGUGGCCAUGGCCAGAGUGGCGGUGGUACUGCUACUAUUGGCGUCGGGCAGGAGGAGAAGGGGGCUGAAGGGAAGCGUGAGACCUAGGAAAGAAGGAAGGAAGGAAGGGAAGAAAAGAAGAAUGAAGAAUGAGAGGCUAUGUAAAAGCGUCAAGUAAGAGCUUGUCGUACAGCUCUUUAUCUUGAACUUUCCUUUGUACAAAGCUAUGCGCAUCGACGGCCCAGUAAUCCAUGACGAUGCGGAAAAAUGCAGCAUCAUUGACAUGGUCCUUCG